AUGCUGGCGAGGCGGCGGGCUCUGCUGGGGCUGCUGGCGGCGGCGGCUGCUGCCCUGCUCCCCUGCGUCUGCAGCGCCCCGCCGGUCAGCGCGGAAGAGGAAUUUCACUUUAAGUCAUGGAUGCUGCAGAACAACAGGAAGUACAGUCUGGAGGAGUAUUACCAAAGACUGCAGAUCUUUGUUGCCAAUAAGAGACGAAUCGACAGACACAAUGCUGGGAAUCACACGUUUGAAAUGGGUCUAAACCAAUUUUCAGACAUGACAUUCACAGAAGUUAGAAAAAAAUAUCUCUGGAGUGAACCUCAGAACUGCUCGGCCACAAAAGGGAAUUUCCUGGCCAGCUCUGGGCCGUGUCCCUCCGCUAUCGACUGGAGGAAAAAAGGAAACUAUGUGACCCCGGUGAAGAACCAGGGCGGAUGUGGCAGCUGCUGGACCUUUUCCACCACUGGAUGUUUAGAGUCUGCAAUUGCCAUAGCAACAGGAAAGCUACUGUCACUGGCAGAGCAACAAUUGGUUGACUGUGCUCAGGACUUCAAUAACCAUGGAUGCAGUGGGGGCCUGCCAAGCCAAGCUUUUGAGUACAUCCUGUAUAACAAAGGGCUCCAAGGAGAGGAUACGUAUCCUUACAAGGCUCAGAACGGCACCUGCAAGUUCCAGCCCGAAAAGGCUAUCGCUUUCGUCAAAGAUGUUGUCAAUAUCACCCUGUACGAUGAGCCGGGCAUGGUGGAAGCGGUGGGGAAGCAUAAUCCCGUUAGCUUCGCUUUUGAGGUGACUGGUGACUUCAUGAGCUACAGUAAAGGCAUUUACUCCAACCCAACGUGUGAUAAGACUCCAGACAAAGUGAACCAUGCAGUUCUGGCUGUGGGUUAUGGAGAAGAAAAUGGAACUCCCUAUUGGAUCGUUAAAAACUCUUGGGGCCCACUCUGGGGCAUGGAUGGCUACUUCUUAAUUGAACGUGGCAAGAAUAUGUGCGGUCUCGCUGCAUGUGCAUCUUAUCCAAUUCCUCAGGUCUAA